GAGCGAUGCGAUUUCCUAUAUAACGACCCGCCCGCAGCGAGCAACAAUCCAUCCGCUUAGACUGUCCACCCCAGGCUCCUGGUCCAAACGUCGACAUGUUGUCACUCCGCAGCAUCCUCGCCCAGACCCUUCUCGCCGUGGCUGCCAUCGCGCCACUCGCCCACGGCCAGUUCGUCGGCCCCGGCGUCGUCACCGGCGACACGUUCACCCACGAUCCCACGGUCGUCAAGAAGCCCGAUGGCUCGUACCUCAUGGCCUUCACGGCGGACAACGUGGGCCUCAAGACAUCAACGGACCGCACCGCCUGGCACGACGCCGGCGCCGCCUUCCCCAAUGGCGCCCCCUGGACGACGCCCUACACAAAGGGUGACCUCAACCUCUGGGCGCCCGACAUCUCGUACCGCAACGGGCAGUACUACCUGUACUACUCGGCCUCGAGCUUCGGCUCGUCCGUGUCGGCCAUCUUCCUCGCCACCAGCCCGACAGGCCAGUCCGGCUCGUGGACGAACCAAGGCUUGGUGAUUGAGUCCAACGCCAACAGCAACUACAACUGCAUCGACCCCAACCUCGUCGUCGACGCGCAGGGUCGGUGGUGGAUGACCUUUGGCUCCUUCUGGUCCGGCAUCAAGAUGGUCGCGCUGGAUCCCAGCACAGGCAAGCGCUCCGACAACAACCUCCUCUCCAUCGCCGCGCGACCUGCCAACGGGGGUGAGCUUGAGGCACCGUACAUCCACCGCAAGGGCAACUACUACUACCUCUGGCUGUCCUUUGAUCGCUGCUGCAACGGCGCCGCCAGCACGUACCGCACCAUGGUCGGGCGCUCGACGAGCGUGACGGGCCCGUACGUCGACCGAAACGGGGUCGACAUGAUGAAUGGUGGUGGGACGGAGAUGCUGAGGACGCACGACGCAAUCUAUGGACCUGGCCAUCCUGCUGUGUUUACGGACGUGGACGCAGAUGUGCUGGUGUACCACUACUACAGGCCGGACGGUGUUGCGCAGAUUGGCAUCAACCUGCUCAGAUACGAGAACGGUUGGCCUGUGAUUUACUAGACGGGCAAGCCUGCGAGGAUGUACAUCGAUGCAUUA